CGGCAGCAGCGGAGGCAGCCAUCCCAGCAGCAGCAGUCGCAGCAGCAGCAGGGAGAACAGCGGCAGCGGCAGCGUCGGCAUUCCCAUCGCCGUGCCGACGCCCUCCCCGCCCUCCACCUUCCCAGUUUCCCCGACUACUGGACCUGCUAGCUCCUCCUCCACAGCUCCUAACUCCUCCCCUUCACCCUCACCGACUCCCUCCUCCUUCUCCUCCUCCUCGUCCACCACCACCCUAACACAACCCAACGCUCCUUUGCCGCCAAACUCACCCUCGCAACACGCCGACUCGUCUCCUCAGCAAAGCUCGCGGCCGAACGCUCCCAACGCCUCCCCGCUCUCUAACCCCUCCCCCAGCGCCGCCGACGUCCAAUCAGAACUGUCUCCUCUCCUUCCUCCCGCCCCUCCUCCUCCACUGUCCUCCUCCUCCUCUUCCUCAUCACCUGCUGAAGGUCCCAUCGUCCCUCAGUUCUACAGCAUGAACCGGCCUCAGCCUCGACAGCAGACUCCUCAGGUGGGGGGUUCGCUGCCGUACCGCCGGCCCCCCUCUGUGACCGGCCAGCCAAUCGUAACGCAGAAUCAGGUCAACGGCGGCCCCUACUACAACCAGAGCCCAGCCUCCCCUCCACCUCCGUCCCUCCUCCAGUUCACCCCUCAGCUUCCUCUGAUGGGUUUCGUCGCUCGUGUUCAGGAGUCCAUUUCAGACGCCCCUCCUCCCCCCCAACCUGCCGCCGAGAGCCAAUCAGGGCCCGAGGAGGCCCCGCCCACUCCUGAGCCGCUACAGGACGGACACGAGGAGGAGGACUCGGCCGUGGUGGAGUACAACGACCCGUACGCUGAGGAAGACCCUCCGUGGGCCCCCAGGAGCUACCUGGAGAAAGUGGUGGCCAUCUACGACUACACGGCCGACAAGGAGGACGAGCUGUCGUUUCAGGAAGGAGCCAUCAUCUACGUGAUCAAGAAGAACGAGGACGGCUGGUUCGAGGGCGUGAUGAACGCCACCACCGGCCUCUUCCCCGGAAACUACGUGGAGUCCAUCAUGCACUACGCCGACUGAGGAGAAGCUGCAGCUCGGAAGGGAAAAGCCGACUCGGUUCCACUUUGUUUUGUUUGGCUCCUUUAGAUUCUCACUAACAAUCAGAGCUUGUGGAGAUAAAUCAACACUUUGUUAAUAUGUUUACUGGACAGAGAUGCUGUCAUCUUGAGGCUUUGCAUUUAGGGGUUCUUUGAGUAGGUGGUCUGCACUGCCUCAACGUUAAGCCGGUUAAAUGUAAAAACACACAAAAGUUCGUCCGCAUCAGGCAUUUUAUCUACCGCUUGGUAUAAAUGGGUCAAAGCCUUGUUGUGCUUCAUCUUCCUGGUUUAAUUCAAGAAAGCAACGACAUGCAGCACUUUUGCCACAACCAGUUUUCUCAGAUAUGCGACAGAAAAAGGAAAGAAAAAGAUAAAGACCUGGACGUGUUCUUAAUUUAAUCUGGUGUGUCAAACAUCUCCACACAUCCAGGUUUGCACCGUGGUGGUUGUUUUUUGUUUUUUGUUUUAUCUUUUAUCUUUUUCUGAUGUCCUCAGAAGUCGGUACGAACAGUCGACCUUCCAAGUGAUGCCGUUUAUCCAGCAGCAAUAUGAAACGUUUAUCCAGCCACAUAAUCUAAACCAACUUAAACAGCAAUAACCCCGAGCAAAAGCAAUCCUCGUAGGUAAUAAAUGCUUUUCUAUUGCACAAAAAGGGGACGAUCUCCCCACAGUCCAACAAAACAAUUAGAUGGUGACCAGUGUUUCUGUGAUUGUACAGAAACAUGAAAUUUUAAAUGUAGUUUUCUUCUGAUCACAAGAAAUGCGUUGCAGGAUCUUGACAUGAGUUUAAAGCCGCUCGAUGUGCGGUUACAUGUCCAGGAAUGUCAUGGGAAAUCACGGAAACGCUGCUGUUCAGAGAAUUCAGACAGAAACUGCUAGCAGCUUAUUUUGCGUCGACUCGUCAGAAUGCGAGCGAAGACUUUUUUGGCCGUGCACGGUUUUGCUAUUACAGAUGUUUAUCCUGAAUUGAAACUGAAAACUCGUGGACAAGAGGCAGAAAUGGCCGCCGUAGAACACACAGAGUGAAGCUCGUGUGCAGAUUGGUGGCGUUUCUGAGUAAUCCAACAUAUUGUGAAUUAAAAACAUGACUUUACUAAACAGCUAUAAAUAAAGCAGCUCAAACGGCUGACAGAGAAUUACAAACGCUGUCAGAAGCUUUUUGUUUAGUUGUAAUUUAGUAGUAAUUCGUGGAAAACAAAUCCUUCCAGGUUUGUCUCAGAAUCUUUUGUGAUCAGAAGAAAAUGAUGCUUUGGAAAUAUUCCCUCAACUCCUCGUUCGUUUAACCUUUGCCUUAACAGACACCUUCCACCUUCCUGUUUUCUCAUCAGCUUUAUUAUUGUUAUUUUCUGUCAGCGAGGUUUAAAAAAAAUGAUAUUAAAAUAAACUACAGAUGAAGUAAAGGAAUAAUGAAGCUUGACACUAAUCAAACUGCAACAGAAGAAGGAAGCAGGAACGUUUGAAGGUGUGUGAGAGAGUUUUGGUGGUUUGUUGGUUAAUCGUGGGACUAUGAUAAGUUUCCUUACACGUCUUCCUGUUGAUGUGUAACUGUGUGAAAAGAAAGUCAAAGGAAGGAAACGGUCAGAUCAUAUUUGACCUUAACACCCACGUGUUGAUCAGUGUCGAGGAGAGCCGCCUGUGUGUUCAUCAGCUGAUAGUUUAAAGAUUUUAUUGCAAAAUGAAUGAUCUUUACAGGACAGUUGAGGUUAUUUAAGGUAGUUUAUUAUAUAAUUUACAAUAAAUCUGUAAAGUUCAGUUCAUCUAAUUUCAAAGAUAAAUCAAACAAGCCUCUUAUUUAAUCUAAAGUUUUCGUUUCAUAGAAGUCAGUUAAAACGGUUGAACGCUUAUUUACGGUUCACAGAAGUUAUAUCCUGUCGGCCUUUUUUUGACGCUCCGUCUGGUUCAGUCAACAAAACUUUGGUUUAAAACUAAAGACAUCAGCUCGUGUUUGCUAAUCGACUGUAAACAUUUAUAUUAUCGACACCAGUCAAAUCGCAAGGACAGAAAAAACAACACCUCGCUGAGUGUUAGACGACACAAAUGCUGAUUUGCAGCAGAAUCAGGAGCUCUGACGUGUUUUCUCUCCGUGUUUCUGAUCCGAACGCAGCACUACAAAUGUAAAACACGUUAAAAGCUUAACCGAUUGAGUUCUGACAGCUUUUUAAAUCUGCAGUAACGAUCUUUGUGCGUAGCUGCUGUGUUGUGUUGUUGCACUCUGUGCUACAGAAAUGCAGCCAGAUUUGUAGACAGACAGCAAAGUGCACAGCUAGAGUCACCAGACGGCUAAAUAAGCUGUACAGUCAUGUGUUAUUGUGAUUUCAAUGGAUUUAUUAUCGAUAGAAACUCAGAAACACUUGAUUCCUUUAAGCUAUGAACUGUGAAUAAUCAAACUCAUUUUCUUAAACUUUCUCGUUAAAGUGGAUCAGAAAGUCGACAGAGAGUCUAAAUGAUCAGGAGGUGGAUGAGGCAGGAGAUCAUAUAAAAGCACUUGUCUCCUGUGCUGUGGGUUUAAGGGUUCUGUUUUUGUAGAUUUUAAAGCAAUCGAGACCUUAAAUGAAAGAGUUGCAGCCUUUCGAUUAGUUUGCCGUCCAGCCUGAAAGCUUUAAGUAAUGAUUGACCUGAAAAAACACAACAUAAGCACUUGUUUUUGUUUGUUUUUUUCAAGAUAUUUCUUCUAGUUUUUGGCUAUUUUUAUUAAAAAGUGGCUGCAGCAACACUAGAGUUCCCCUCCUGUGGCCUUUAAAAUGUGAAACCUCUCAAAUGAAAAGCCUGAUAUUAGCUAAAGCACAACCUAACAUAUGAUCGUAUUUGUCACCAGGACCAGACCAGGCUACGAUCCUGUGAAGAAAACUGAUCAGACGUACUAGAAGUUUCUCCCCAGUCUGACCUCUGAGCCUUUUUAUUUUUCUCUCAUCGUGGUUUCGUGGUUGCGUAGUCGUGCAGUGAAGUGGACCUGAACGCGUCGCCGGGUGGAGAUUCUGGACCUGUUGCCAGUUUUUAAAAGUUUACAGUGUGUUUGCCUGCAUGCCUGAUAUAUAACUGACAUUUUUACUCACCGCGUUUUCAUAGUCUUCAUGUUCUUUAUUUCUUUUUCUUUUUUUUUAAUAUAUAUAUAUAUAUAUCUAUAGUUUCACCGACUUGCUUUAUUCUGUCUGUUUGACCAGCUGGAGGUUUGUGAUGUUUCUGUGCAGUUGUUGGUUGUGACGGCCCUUUAACGGAAGUCCUGCGUGCUCGGACUUCAGACGGACGCUCAGAUGGAGGCGGAGGAUGUUUCUGUGCCAUAUGUGUGUGUGUGUGUUGUGGAUGCAGAUGUGUGUGUGUGUGUGUGUGUGUGUGAGAACCAAACCUUCCCUCGUCGACUGAAGUGACUCUGGACCUGAGAACAGUGUUCCCUUGUUGUACAGUGUUAUUUAAAAGGCAUUUUACCACAAAAGCCAGAGUUUGCCAAAUGAACGCUCCUGAAGUUUGUCCAGAAACUCACUUCAGUCGUCUCACUGCUUCCUGAGAGGAAAAAGGAUAUUCUCAUUGUUAGAGACAUUUCUGAAAGGCUCAGUAUGAAACUGUUUUCCAUCAGUUUAUGUUUUCUAAAAGCAUCUUUAGUGACAAAACCACAACUAAUACUUAUUUUUAUUAUGAAUGAAUCUGCUUCAUUUGUCAAAUACUUUAUUAUAUGUCCAAAAAAAAUGACAAUAAAUUGUUUUAAAAAUUGCUUAUCUGCCGAGCAGACGUCUUUAAAUGAUAGUAAUUUUAUUUAUAUCCAGUUGUGUCAGCACAAACUGUUACACAGACUGAAGUGAGAACAGAAUGAUAUAAUCAGAACCUCUUUGACCCAGUUUUUGUGAAAAACCUUCAGAUGAACACUACAUAUAACAAAAGCAGCACAGAGCCUCUACAUAGAACAGAAAAAGUUGUAAAUUCAAAUUAGAAAUUAAUAAAAAUACAAACAGAAUACAUGAUUUUAUUGAAAAUGCAUAAAAAGCAGCCAAAAGAAUUAAGCUGAGCAGUAAAAAAAAACAAAAAAGCCAUUAAUAAUACUUUAUUAUAUGUCCCAACAAAUGACUUAUUGCUUAUUAGAAUCUUCCAGAUGCCAAAUAAACAUCUUUAAAUAAUAGUAAUUUUAUUUAUAUCCAGUUGUGUCAGCACAAACUGUUACACAGACUAAAAUGAGAACAUAAUAAUACAAUUAGAGCCUCUUUUACCCCCUUUGUGAGAAACUUUAGAGCCCAAAUGUGAAGGAAUGAACACUAAAUAUAGCAAAAGCAGCACUGAGCCGGUACAUAAAACAGAUAAAAAUGUUAAUUCAAAUUAAAGACAUGAAUUAAAAUACAAAUAGAUUGCAUGAUUGUAUUGAAAAUGCAACCAGAAGAAUUAAGCUGAGCAGUAAAAAAAAUUAAAAACGGAUCCAUAAAUAACGACAGACAAACUUCAGAGUGACUGAAUCUCUUUGAAAAGAGAAACUUUGGCAAACUCUGGUUUUUGUUCCGCCUGCAAUAUCCCUUUAAAGUGUGGACUGAGGAAUUAGACUAUCUGUGAAACGCUGCAGAUGGCUUCUCCGAGGCUGAUUUUUACCAGGAACCUGCUUCGUCAUCCUCCCUGCAAACAUUUCAUGAUGAGAAAAACGCCUCCAAUCUGGAUCCAAAACCCACAAAGUAAACAAAUGAAUUGUACUUGAAGUCUAUUCAGGUUUGAACUAAACAGAAAACAAUCAAUCUGUCUGGGAAAGUUUUUACCAGAUGGUUGCUGUGUUUUUACCUAUAAAAUCAAAUCUCAUAUUCCUACUUUUGAAAUGCAUUGAACAGAUGCAAGUCAAACAGAGACUUCACCUGAACGUUUAGCUUUAAGGUGACAGUUUAUCAGAUUAUCAGCCUUUAGAUUAGAUUAUUGUGUUCCCUCCUCCGUCUGCAGGAUGUUCCUGGUAGAACAUGAUGUCCGGAGAAGCGUUCUGCUUUCCAAAGUGAAGUACGACUAAAAGCACAUCGCUCUUUUGUAAGAAAGAAGAAAAGUGAAAUUACUCAGUAAAUGUUUUAACAGCU